ACUUGAAAGAGAGAUCGAUUUCCUUAAUUGUCUACCGCUUAUUGAAUGUUUCGGUGGGAUUGAAAUCAUUGAAGAGAAUCAGAUCCUAAUGUUCCUAGCCGAACCCCAUAAGGCAUCACCAGCCGAACCCAACUAGUCCUUGAUACCAUCCACCAAUCCAACUGUGAUAAGUGACAGCUAUUAGCUUUCGCAACGCAAUGAGGAGGUGUCACUUCUGACCCACUUCAUCAUCCAUUUCCUCAUUGCUAGCUAAACAAAACAAAGAGUCAAAGACAAAGGCACAGUUUUGGCUAACAAAGAUUGUUCCUUCAGUUACAGAGGCACCAACUUGACAUGGAGAGAGGAGUUGUGAAAGUUGACAAAUGGGGUUACGAAGUGAAUACCUCUUCAGAUGCUUGCAUAUCUGCCAUUAACGCCUUCUAUGAUCAGGUUUUGAGUUAUGGGAGACGCAGGUCUGUGAUAUUAGAAGCUCCGGCACACGAUCACAACUGUGUUCUUGCUAAUAUUUUAGCUGCACAUUUUCUGUGCUCAUCUGAUCCUUCUAAAGCUCCUUCACAUCUUCAAGCGGCCAAGUCUCGUCUCGAACAAGCUACCUCGUAUGAGAAGGCAGUUUUCGAUGCUGUCAAUUGUUUGAUUUCCAAGGAUAGGGAUGAUGAUGUUGCCUUUGAGCUGCAUUCUAAGCUCUUGAAAAGUUUUCCUAAAGAUCUGGUGUCUCUGAAAAGGGCCCAAGUGCUCUGCUUCUACAUGGCUCGACCUGAUCUGUCAUUGGAUCUUGUUCAACAGGUUCUACCAAGUAAUCAACAAGAAGAAUACAUUUAUGGUAUGCUUGCUUUCCCUUUACUGGAGCUUGGCCGAAUGGCAGAUGCUGAGAAGGCAGCAAGAAAGGGAUAUGAAAUCAACAAGCAAGACUGCUGGACACAUCAUAAUUUGUGCCAUGUUCUUCAGUAUGAGUGUCGUUUUAAAGAAGCAGUAGAGUUCAUGGAAUCAUGCUCGUCAUCAUGGGAUUCUUGUGUGUCAUUUAUGCUCACACACAAUUGGUGGCAUGUAGCUCUUUGUUAUAUGGAAGGUCAUUCUCCAGUCGAAAGACUCUUAGAGAUAUAUGACCAUCAUAUCUGGAAGGAGUUGGAAAAAGUUGAUGCUUUUGGACCAGAGGUGUACUUAAAUGCCCUUGGGUUGUUUUUACGGGUGCAUGUUCGUGGUCAAAUGGAUGCGUUUGGGGACCGUUUGAAGAUCUUAGCCAAACGCCUGACUGAUAGGGCCAACUGGUAUAUAGAGUGGCAUUUUGACGUCCUAGUUUUAUGGGCCUUGGCUAAUACUGGUGAGAUUUCAGAGGCUGAAGAGUUGCUCAAGGGCUUGAAGUCCAGAAUUUCUGAGAUGAACAAGAAGAAGCAACAAUCCAUGCAGAGCGCAAUAAUGCUUGCAGAAGCCUUGUACGAGUAUGGGAGGGGUAACGACAAACAUGCAAUGGAAUUGCUAGGUCCUAAUUUUGAUGCUGAUAACUGUAAGACGAUUGGAGCAUCAGGUGAACAGCUUGAUGUAUUCAAUGAAGUCUGGUACUGUAUGUUGCUUAACAAUGGACAAGCUACGAAAGCAAUUGAGGUGAUUGAGAAGCGGAUCAAAGCAAGAGAUGGAAUCCCUUUCCUUUGGCGCCUUCUGGAGAAAGGUUAUAAACAAACAGGCAGACAGGAAGUUGCAAUUGCAAGUGAGAAAGCCAAGGUUCUAGAGACUGCAUAUUUCCAUUAAACCAGUAAGACAGAAAUCAGAUCAGAUGUUGUACUCUGUACUUGUACUUGUUCCCAACCUACAUAUUAGAUUUAGAAAUGAAGUGCGAGUAUCACAAAAUAAGAACAUGCAAUAUUUCCACGGUAACAAAUAUGUACAUUCCAUUUCGAUAACUGAGAAGUAAAAGUACAGAACCACUUUUACUGACAUGCAA